GUCUCCUACUUUACUGCCUGCUUCCCCUACCUGAUUCUGACCAUUCUGCUGGUGCGUGGGGCCCUCCUGCCGGGCUCCCUGAAGGGUAUCCUCUACUACAUAAAGCCCGACUUCAAGCGUCUGCAGGACCCCCGAGUUUGGGUGGACGCUGCCACUCAAAUCUUCUUCUCACUCGGCUGCUGCAGUGGUAGUCUAAUCGCCAUGUCCAGCUUCAAUCCCUUCAAGAACAACUGUUGCAGGGAUGCCGUGAUCGUGGCCUGCAUAAACUGUGCCACCUCCGUCUACGCCGGCUUCGUGGUGUUUGCCAACCUCGGUUUCAUGUCUCACGUCAAGAAUGUCUCCAUGGCUGAUGUCGCCAAGGCUGUAUAUCGAAUCCCCCUUAAUGUCGGCCUUAUCCAAGCCCUUCCUAAGGUUUAG